CCCCUCUCUCCUUCUCUCUCUAACUUUCCCCUCAGGGGGCUCGCUCUUCUUCUUUGUCUCAGACUAGGGUUUCUUCUCCAUUGAAACCCAUCAUGAAAAAUAAUAAUUGAAACAUAAAAACAGAGUAAUUUUCACCUUAUAAAGGGAAGAAGAUCAAAUCCAUAUUCUCUUUCAACAGAUCAGGAGGCUCUUCUCUCUUGCAGCUCCCUGUGAAAAGAGGAAAACAACACUAAAAACAUAUGGCGUCGUCGUCGUGUACGAGCUACGCAAACUCUCCAUGCGCGGCCUGCAAGUUCCUGAGAAGGAAAUGCACCUCGGACUGCGUCUUCGCCCCGUAUUUCCCACCCGAGGAGCCGACAAAGUUCGCCAACGUACACAGGAUCUUCGGGGCGAGCAACGUUAGCAAGAUCUUGCAAGAAGUGGAGCCACAUCAGCGAGAAGAUGCAGUGAACUCACUGGCCUAUGAGGCAGAGGCGAGGCUGAAGGAUCCAGUGUACGGAUGUGUUGGAGCCAUUUCUAUACUCCAGAGGCAAGUCAUACGGCUUCAGAGGGAGCUCGAGGAGACUAACGCCGAUCUCAUGAGGUACGCCAGCUGUUUUGGAGCUGAAACGACGUCGUUUGGCGGCCGGAAAAGCGGAGGACGUGGCGGCGGACGUGACGGAGAAGGGUAUGGUGGUUAUUGAUCAGAGGUAGACAUGUUUUGUAUGUGAUGAUGUGUAUGAGCAUGCACAUAUAGACAUGCCAUAUCUGUUUAUUUUGUAGAUGCAUGUGUCAUGUGUGUAUUUUUGUCAUGGGGUGGUUAAUUGGUCGAUAAAUAAGUGAUGUAUUAAUUGGGUUGAUUUCGGCCCUAAUUAUGUAUAAUUAGGUUUACAUUUCCUAAUUAUAUAUGUUUGGAACA